GGAGGUCGAAAACGAGAGAGAGAGAGAGAGUGUGUGUGUAUGUAUGUAUGUGUGUGUGAGAGAGUGAGAGACAUUCCCCUGACUUGUUCCUGCCAUAGUUUCCUCGCGCUCUUCCACCACAGACCCAUCACCAAACCCACCCAGCACCACCCACCUCCUCCUCAGUGCAGUACAGAGCUGCUGCUGCUGCUGCUGCUUCACUCGUCUGUUGGAGCCGACUGAAGUCACAGGAUCUCAUUUCUUCUUCAUCUGGAUUUACAACUUAAAUUCAUAAGCCAUUUCUUUUUUUUUUCUUCUCCUCUAAAAUCUCAAUUUUACUUUAUUGCAGAUAAUUGAUAUCCCCCUCCUCCCUCCCCCGGUUUGCGUUGUUUUUUUUAAACGCGUCUUCUUUUGCGAUCAAUCGUGAUUUCCACUUUGAGUCACAGUGUGACAAGUGUGACGCUGUCUUGUUGCGCUAUUUGCAAAAAUCCUGGAGAGAAACUUUUUCUUUCUUCUGCCGAUUUAUAGUCGAGUUUUCCUGGGUUUUUGUCUUUUUCUGUUUUUUGGACUUGGGAGAAACACUUUCCACCAUGCACAAGCUGUACAUUGGGAAUCUAAGCGAGAGCGUGACCGCCGAGGACUUGGGGAAAACCUUCGAUGAGUACAAGAUCCCUUACUCCGGACAGUUUCUCAUGAAAACCGGCUACGCGUUCGUGGACUGUCCGGACGACCAGUGGGCCAUGAAGGCGAUCGAGGCGAUUUCCGGUAAAGUGGAACUUGAUGGGAAACGCAUUGAAGUUGAACACUCCGUCCCCAAGAAGCAAAGGACGAGAAAGCUGCAGAUCAGAAACAUUCCACCUAAUCUACAGUGGGAGGUGCUGGACGGUCUGUUGGCUCAGUGUGGAACUGUGGAGAACUGUGAACAAGUGAAUACAGACAGUGAAACGGCAGUGGUUAAUGUCACAUACGCAUCCAAGGAGCACGCCAGGCAAGCCAUCCAGAAGCUGAACGGGCACCAGUUUGAGAACAAUGCCAGCGUCCUGCACGUCUCCUACAUACCUGAUGAGAACUCUGAGCUGGAGGGCGACCAGCGGGGGCCCGACAACGGCCGGCGCUCUGGUUAUGGGCCCCGCAGUCCUCGCGGCGGCCCCCCAGGCUCGGGGAUGCCCUCCAAACCUCCACACAACGACAUCCCCCUGAGGCUGCUGGUGCCCACGCAGUACGUCGGGGCCAUCAUCGGCAAAGAGGGCGCCACCAUUCGCAACAUCACCAAGCAGACACAGAGCAAGAUCGACGUGCACCGCAAAGAGAACGCCGGUGCUGCAGAGAAGCCGAUCAGCAUCCACUCCACCCCCGAGGGCUGCUCCUCUGCCUGCCGCAUGAUCCUGGAAAUCAUGCACCAGGAGGCCAAAGACAUCAAGACUAUUGAAGAGAUUCUGCUGAAGAUUCUUGCUCACAACAACUUAGUCGGACGCCUGAUUGGAAAAGAGGGACGCAACCUGAAGAAAAUCGAGCAGGACACAAACACCAAGAUCACCAUCUCCUCUCUGCAGGAUCUGACUCUGUACAACCCGGAGAGAACCAUCACAGUGAAGGGCUCACUCGAAGCCUCCUCCCAGGCCGAGAUGGAGAUCAUGAAGAAGCUCAGAGAGGCGUACGAGAACGACAUCGCUGCUAUGAAUCAACAGACCCACCUGAUCCCUGGACUCAACCUCGGAGCUCUGGGUCUCUUCCCCUCUUCCUCCAACAUGCCCCUACCUCCGCCGGGAAAUUCUGGAUCCGGUGCCCCCUAUGGCUUUGGGGCUCCAGAGCAGGAGACGGUUUACGUCUACAUCCCAGCGCAGGCAGUGGGAGCCAUCAUUGGGAAGAAGGGACAGCACAUCAAACAGCUGAGCCGCUUCGCCGGGGCCUCCAUCAAGAUUGCUCCAGCUGAAGCUCCAGAUGCCAAACAGAGGAUGGUGAUUUUGACCGGUCCCCCUGAGGCUCAGUUUAAGGCUCAGGGCAGAAUCUACGGCAAACUCAAGGAGGAGAACUUCUUUGGGCCAAAGGAGGAGGUCAAACUGGAGACUCACAUCAAGAUGGCCGCUGCCGCUGCAGGAAGGGUCAUUGGAAAAGGAGGCAAGACUGUGAACGAUCUGCAGAACCUGACAGCAGCUGAGGUGGUCGUCCCCAGAGAACAGACGCCUGAUGAAAACGACCAAGUCAUCGUCAAGAUCAUUGGACAUUUCUACGCCAGCCAGCUGGCUCAGAGGAAGAUCCGGGACAUCCUGAACCAGGUUAAAAUGCAACAGAAAGGUGGGAUGGGCGUGAACCCCAGCCCUAAUCCGCAGGGCUUCACAGAGAUGGACAGUCCCACGCAGGGGCUGACCCAGAACCACACGCCACGCAGGAAGUGAGGGUCCCCACAUCCUCCUCGAACGCCGCGGGGCACCCCUGCCUGACUGACUGACAGACAAAAGACGUGCAUGGACGGAUAGACGGACGGACGGAUACACAGGAGAGCGACAUACGGACCCGAUAGCGCGAUAGACAGGGAGAGAUAUAAAGAGGGAGGGAGUACGCCCGAUAACCAGUGAGAGAUAGGUGUUUGAGAGAGAUGAGAUUAAUAAAAUCAAAAGAUGAAACGAAUAAAAAAGAGGAUUACGAUUAAAAGAGUCCAGAGACCAGAUGCCAGGCCAGAAGAGACACUGAUUGAGGAUGGAUGGAUAAAGGAGAAGAGGGAUGGAGAGAGGGACAGGUGAUGUCCUCCUAGUGUGCCUUAGCAGGGCCGUAGCCAGCUCAUCCUCGGGCCCUGCAUUACAUGUAAACAACAUGGCAACAUUAGUCAGAUGGCUGGCUACACCAGGCACCAUGCUAGCAGGGGCCCAUUUGCCCCUCUGUCGCCCUCUGCUGACCUCUCCAGCCAUCUGCAGUCAGUCUUAUAUUUUAGGGGUGGUUUUUAAAAACAAACAAACAUAGAGAUAUAUGUAUAGAAAUGUUUUAUUCAGAGCUAUUAUUGAUAAUAUGCAGUCAGGCAGAGCCGGGAGAGGGAGCAGGGAAUCUGCUGCAGCGGCACAGAGGGUCAGGUCACAGCUCUGGCACUAAGCCACACCCACUCCUACCCUCUGAGCCAAUGAGAGUCUAGAAGAGGGGCCGUAGAUGUUAACACUGCUCUUUAAAAACCUUUCUGAAUAGCAGAGAGAUUAGAAAAAAAAGAGAGGAAGAAGAAGAAGAAGAAGAUAUGAGGUUGUAAAUAUAAUCUUCAUGUAAAAAAAAAAAAAUGCUGCGUCUGGCCGCCUUGCCUUUCUUUUAAUGGGGCUUUCUGUACAUUUCCCAGGCCCUUGUCUAUGACAUGUAGCACAAUGUAGUCUACAACAAGGCCGGGGGCUGGGAGGCACUGAGCCCCCCCCCCCCCCACCACCACAUUUACCUGUGUGUGGCGGAAGGCGCAGCGAGAGACAGUAAGGGGAGCUGAGGUUGCAGCUGGUCCUGCAGUUCUAUUGCAGCGGCUUAGCUCACACACGUGACGGCGACACAAACACAGACAGCAGCUAUGCUUGCUGACUAGCAACCUGCACCCUAAAUGGCAUAUUUUAUAUAUAUUAUAUAUAUAUGAUAUGUGAGUUAACCCGGCCCCUCUGGUGAAUGUAUUGAAGGCAGGGAGCUAAAGUUCCGCAGUGACAGACUUGAACAGAGGUGGCGCUCUGUGAUCUGAGUCGUCUGAGUCUUCCAACGCUCCCCGCCUUGAGCUCAGAGAAGGUAAAAUCAGACCGAAGGGAAGCAGUUUCCUCGUUCUCUCUCCCAAUCUGCCGAAGGCCUGUGGGCGGAGCCUCCAAACCCUGCCUACGUAUGAUAAUGAGGGGCGGGGUUUACGCCUGGACGCUCUUGCCAAGAUUAGAACAGAUUAGAGAAGAAAUGAAAAAGAAAAACCUACCUCAGGGUAAACUUACCUCAGUAUUCCUAACCUUUUUUUUUUUUUUUUUGCUUGCUGGUGUUUUAUAUAAGAUGAAAAAAAAGAAGAAAAGAGCUGAUAGUCCUGAAUAUUUUUAUUUUUUUAAGGAAAAAUUAAUUUUUUUAGGUAUUGUCUUGUUGUUUUGGUUAUUUUUUUCUGGUUUUUUUUGAGUGUGGUGCUGGUUGAAUGAGCUCAGGAUGACGGGGACGACAUGUUUUUGUUUUGUUUUAAACUCCAAGCCUAGACGAGACAAAACGCAGACGGGGAAUGGGCUGAGUGCCAUUUUGCCUUUUUGUUUUUUUAGGUGUGAAAACAUGCUCUCUGUCCUCCUGAGGUGUGAGUGGUGCAACUGUUGCCUGAAACAGGAAGUCGGCCAAUGGGGAGUGGUAUUAACUCGAGAGAAGGGAUGGGCGGGGUCCUAAAAGUGCACACUUUGGGGGUGGGUGGGUUGGUGGGUGGGUACUAAGGGUGCUUAGCAUUAUGGGAUGACACAUUCAGACAGCUGCAUCCUCAGGAUGCAUUAAGUCACUGCGUGUCUCUAAUCUCUACGGUCCAACCUAGAGGGACCCACAUCUCCUGCCUUACCGUGAUGACAUCAUCAUCAAGCGCCAAACAUUAUGACAAAGGCUUUAAAAAGUGUUCAAAAGCAACAGCAAGAGGACACGACGUGAGAUUUCAUCCCAUUAUCUCGUCAGAUCAGAGUUGUGUUGAACGCAGCAGCAGCAGCAGCAGAUCGUCCAUGUGCAGCAUAACUGUGCAUGGACACACACGCACACACACACACACACACACGCACACACACACACACACACACACACACAGAACUAGCUCGGACUUCUCUGAAUGUGAAUAUUUAUUACCCGUGCACUGACCAUGACACCUCAGAUGCUCCCUGUUGGCUACAUGCGUGCUUGGUGUGUGUGUGUGUGUGUGUGAGUGAGUGAGUGAGAGUUCACUGGUUUCAAAUGUUCAUUUUUGUCAUGUGUUGCUGGGUGAAACCGAUUAAAACAAUUAAAAAAAAAAAGAUUUAAGAAGAAAAAAAGCAGAAAAAAGUAGGACAAGAACCUAUGGCCUCUCCGCCUCUGCUCCAUGUGACCAGGGCGGAGAGAUGAACCCUGUUUUUUAUAAAUAAUGGAAGCAAAAAAAGAGAGAGAGUUUAAACACAACAGUAACUCAGCUGAUUGAUAGAUCUAAACCUGUACAUUAAAAUACUUUUUGUAUUUUUGGAGGAAAAAAGUAUAAAAAUAUCUGAAUGGGAAAAGCCGUUGAGAGAGAGAGCAAAGAUUAGAGCGAGCCAAGUCACUGAAGGACACUGCCACAUCAUUCACUAUCUUUCUCUUGUCUUACCCGCACACGGCAACAGACGCCAUCAGACGCCACAGCUGUUCGCCGUCAUACAGGUCACUAUCGACUCAAAGUCUCUGCUUCCAUUUUGGUGCAGAGGGGAGAGCGUGGUCACAGCAGCUCACCGCGGCUGUCCUGUGUCACGUUUCCACCUCGUCACCAAACCAUAGAGCUCUGUUCAUGACCACCAAGACAGUCAGGGCCGGGUCACACUGUCCACGCACACGCGUGUGCACAGCUCUGCCAGGGCGUCCGUGUUAGUCCACGUGUGGCGUCCGUAGAGACGACAGAGACGACGGUAACCGUGGAAACUCACUUGGUCACACUGUGAGGUUAGAACUGACACGGACCCUCACUAAAUGUGAAGUGGUGAAUCCGACCCGGCCCUUUAGGAUUCGCUAUUCAUUUGGAUUUGUUUAGGAUUCAUGUGUUUUCAUUUUUUUUUUUUUUUUGCUAUAUUUAGUUUUUCAUUUUUUUCAUUAUGAUAAUACAGCAAGCUUUAUUUGGACGUGACAUCUGGGACGUACUGUUGCACUCAUUUAAGAAAUAUGUCGACGGCGUCAAAACUAUGAAAAUGACUUAAAAAGAACAACAACAACAACAACAGACCCCUCCUGUGUAAACACGAGAUCGAGAGAGUGUAACAGGAGGAGGGUAAAGAAGGAUGGAGGGAGGUGUGUGGGAGGGGAGUGGCUCUCAGUUUAAACGUGGAACCCUUCCCUCCCAUUCCAGCAACAACUGACUCCCACCAUCGUUAUUAUAGAUUUCUCUUCUGUACUCGAGCAGAAGUGUUUUUUUACGUUGAUUUAAAAACAAAACAAAUGUAUUUCAUUUCUGGAGCGGGCGGGACACCAGGGUCCCUCCCCCUCUCUGGCGCUGGUCUCCACCGUGUUCGUUUCGCUCACUUCUGUUAAAAAGACCUUUUUGAUUUUCUUACUUUAACCACCUUUUUUUCCUCCUUACUAUCAUUUCCUCUUUUUUUUUUUUUUAAACAAAAUUGAAAAUAGAUGAACCUGAUAAUGUUUUCUGUUAUUUUCUUUUUUAAAUCCACGACUCUAUUAACAAACAACAAACAAACGCAGUCACUAAACACAACGGGCUGCUAACACGUAGUUCACUACCACGACCAUAACUGUGCCAAACACACAGGGAGGGCCUCGCGCCACAAUGCAGUAUAGAUCCUGAAAUAUCAUUAUAUCAUUUAUAAUUAUAAGUCGUGUUUGACUGUUUAAGUUACAACAUUCAGUCAGCGCCAUGUCUCUCAUCUUGGAACUCAACUCUUCAUCUUGUUUUUUUGGAUGAACAGUGGAGAGAAAACGUGAAGAGUUGUUGUGACAUGAAAAGAAACUGAGGCGCGCACACACACACACACACACACACACACAUAUAUAUAUAAAAACUGUGCAACCUAUAUAUCAUUGCCACAUCCUAAAUUUGAUAUUAUUUAAGGUAAGGCCAAUUCUUAAAACGUGCUACUUAGUUUGACUGCUGACCAUUUUGUAAAACACGUCACACAGUGUGUCACAGAUUUACAUCUGUGAGGGUUUAUUGUUUUCAUUUAUUUCACUCCAAUAUGACGAUAGGAAGACGUCGUGUAGGUCCCAACCAGGACCUCCACAGUGGGCUCAGCAACAGUCCACCUUUAGUGACGACUCCAUCCACGUUUAAAGUGAAAACACGAGCUGAAAACCCAGUCACUGGAUCAAAUGUUGCCAUUCUUGUUCUGCAAACCAGAGCCACGCGCUCACACGUCUGAAGCAAAAUAACAUCACGUAUCUUCAGCGCCAUGGUCCAGCAUGUCAGUGUGACAUGGGCUGCAGGUACCUGGAAGAGCGUCACUUUUCCUCGUAUCACAUUAAAAUAGUUAAAAACUGCUGCUUCACCUCCACAUGAACUCCAUGGUUCUGUCCAGACCGAACCAACGGUUUGCACACACUUCAGAACGGCAUCUUUUUGACUGUAAUGAAAACAGCUCUUCACAUCUGACUGAUUUAGAACGGGAUCGGCCUCAGUGUGAAGUGUCACUGAUGACUGACCUUCAGGGUAAACCAUCACGCUCAGUUUCUUACCUUACAGCACUCACACACACACACACACACACUUCCCCUUCACGUCCCUCAGCAGAAACACACUCCGCCUCGACAGAGCAGAGGGACACGCUAAAGAGACACAACAACCACAACAACAACAACAACAACAACAACAAAAAACCAACCUCUUGACACAUAACUAGGAACGCUACCUCAGAACAGAAGCAAACUCAGCUAGAAGAUUGUUUUUAUUUUCCUCAGUUACAACAGGACGAGAGCAGUCAGUGAGACACAUGUAGAAUGCACAGAUAGUCUCUGUUACAGUCCGUUUUUUAACACACAUUCUUUUAAUUUUAUUUCUUUUCCUCUUUUUUCCACUCUUAAUUUAUUUUUCGGUAUUUGAAAUUGUACCUCUCCAGCUUAUAGAGGUGGGACUGUAAAAAUAAAGGAGUAAAUUAAAUAAAAUGACAAAAAAACAAACAAAAAAAAGAAAAGGAUGGAAAUAAACCACCAAUAUGGAUACAUUUGUGGUGCAGGGUGGCCGGGGCCACUGGGACCAGGACUUUGAUCACACGUCGGGCAGGAUUUAAAUCACUUUCUGUGUAUUUCACACGUCUGCUGUUAAAAGCUGACGUCGUUUUCCGACCGCUAACACGACCCACGAUCCUCGACGACACCCUGUCACCAUGUCAUUGUUUUGUUGAUCUACCUCUUAGGAAAAAAAUAGGUAUCUUUUUUUUUUUUUUUUUUUGAAAAAGGCUUAAAAUAAAUAUUAAAAAGAAAAUCAUUAAAAAAAACAUUUGCUCGAAAGAAGUAUAGGUAAAUGAAUAACUGGGUAGCGGCAUCUCCAUAUACUGUAGUGGUUAGUCUAUUAAAGGAGAAAUCUUUUACUUCUUCCAAAGAUGAUUUGUUUUCUUUCUCCAUUCUUAGUUGAUUUAUUUUUGAAGGGAUUAUGAAAUGGACUAAUGACAGAAAUCUUCUUUAAAGCCCAACAUUAAUGCGAUUUCUUCAUCCAAUUUACAUUUUGAUUUUCCCCUCAUUUCAUUAAACUUACAUUUUUUUGCUUCAAAGAAAAUCUCAAUACUCUUCAUGUUUCAUUUCUAAUUUUCUCUCUCUCUUGUUUAUUUUUUUGUUUGUUUGUUUGUUUGUUUAUGACAGCAGAUUGUAUCCAUAGUGUUUGGGUGCAUUUAGCAUUUUCUUUGUCUCUGUGAAAAGCCUACAGUUAGAGCGCCCUGCGAGGACCUGCUUCACUCAUUCAUCUGUUUUCUCUUGUGAUGAGUUGGACCUGUUGUUUUAAAUGACCGCUGGUGCUGCGUGUGACAGGAGGAGGGAACGCCCAGUCAUUCCUGUCCUGACGCUGCACAAACACUCCAUCUGACACAACAACAACACAACAACAACAACAACACAACAACGUGUGUGUGUGUGUGUGUGUGUGUGUGUGUUUUUAAAGUGCAGCAGUGACAGUGAAGGCUUUGUGUCCCAGUUACGACCUGAACGGGCCUGAGUCUCCCUCCUUCCACCAGGUGGCGCCUUCGGUCUUCACUGUAAAUGGACUUUCACCUUUUGCCUGCCUGAUUCCUUUAGUCCUCAUCAACACUUGUUUUAAACUCCUUGUAAACAAAACAGAGCAUAGAUAUGAAUGUGUUAUUAAAAGAUGAGAAAACGGA